AUGGAUAGCAUCAACCGCGCCGUUGAGCUCCGAGACCAGCUCCUUCCUCUUCUUGAUGAGCUAGUCAAGAUCGGGGUUGUCUCCGAUGAGGUCCGCGGCAUGGUUUCUGAGGAGAUCAACGCGGGCAUUCUCACCUCCAUGAAUGAGAUCCUCACCGGUGUGGCGCUAACACGAGACGCGAAGAAGUCCGCUGUGGUCUCUACCAAGACCAGACAGCAUAGUGCUGCUCCCGUCAAGCCUGCGGCCCCUGCCGUUCUUGACUCUCCAUCUACCAGCAAUGUCGCCGAGAGGUCUCCUGCUCCCACUGCCUGUAAGGCUCCUGAGAAGAAUGCUCAGUCCGGCGGAGGGUCUCGCGAAGAGGCCAAAGACAUUACGCCUCCCGAGCAGAAAAAGCAUGAGAUCAGGAAGUACCGCGAGCAACUUCGACAGAUGCGUCGUUCGAUGUACGGUCCUGAUAGUGCCCCGAGCGACCGAUCUGCCAGUACCAUCAAGCACGGCGACAACGCACCUAAUGCUACGCCGCCCAACAAAGAGCAGCAGGUCGUCCGCUACAAGUCAGAGGAUGCAGAUGACCAGGACUAUGACGUGUAUGGUAGUCCCAUCAUCAAGAACAGCCCUGCUACUUAUCGUGUCACGAUUGAUGAGAACCAUCCAGACGCCAUUAUCUGCCCAUACUGGCUGGAGUCCGAGGCCUCGACUAACGCCGAGCACUCGUGCGACUACCCCGGCGAUCAUGAGCCGUACUUUCACAAGGUGCUCAACGGUAAACCAAAGGAGCCGCUCGAGUGCUCUUUCUGGCAUGAAGGCCAUUGCUAUCGCGGCUCUAAGUGCGGGUUUGCCCACUUUCGAACCCGUCACGGCAAGGUGAAGGACAUGACUGGCAAGAAUGACCAGAAGUUUCCUUUCACGAUCGCUGCCGAGGGCGCCAGUGGCACUAAGCGUGGCCUGGGCGACAGCCGCUAUGCUCGCGGCAAUCCGACUCCUGCUCUUCAGAAACGCGACUCCCCUGCGCCGCCUGGCUGGGAGCGAGAGGACAAAGCCCUCGAGGACAACACUGCCAAGUUUCGAGCGUUCCUUGGAGCUACUUCGGACAAGAAGCCCGCACCUGCUGAGAAGAAAUCCUCGACCACCGUUGCUCAGUCUUGGGAUGCUCCGAAGAACCUUCCCAACCAUCCCGGCUACAACCCGAGCACCUUUUGGUGA